GUCACUGGUUUCUUUAGGUAUCCAAAAGUCAUUUUUUAUUCACGAGUUCGUUUUGCAGUUGUUUUUAUUGGAUCAACCCUAUUUGCUUUACAACAGCUAUCUGGUAUAAAUGCUGUGUUUUAUUUCUCUUCAACUGUUUUUAAAAGUGCUGGAGUACCAUCGGAUGUUGCAAAUGUGUGCAUAGGAUUUGCUAAUUUGACAGGAUCUAUCAUUUCAACGGUUUUGAUGGAUAAACUUGGAAGGAAGGUUCUACUCUUUUGGAGUUUCUUUGGCAUGGCGAUAUCAAUGAUCAUUCAAGCCACAGGAGCAAGUUCACUUUUACUAAACACGGGAGCUCUGUACCUAUCUGUUGGUGGCAUGCUAAUGUUUGUCUUUACAUUUGCUCUUGGAGCUGGUCCAGUUCCAGGUCUACUUCUAACAGAAAUCUUUCCCAGUCGAAUCAGAGCCAAAGCCAUGGCAUUCUGUAUGUCUGUACAUUGGGUCUGUAAUUUCCUUGUUGGGUUACUGUUCUUGCGUUUACUGGAGAAACUUGGUCCACAACUGCUUUACUCAAUGUUUGCUACAUUCUGCAUGAUGGCAGUAAUCUUUGUAAAAAGAAAUGUGGUGGAAACCAAAGGGAAAUCACUUCAAGAAAUUGAGAUAGCACUUCUUCCCCAAGACUAGAGCUUCUUACAAAAACCCAUUCACUGCAGUAAUUUUGCAUAAUUUGGGGGCUAUCAUAGUGUCGGCUAUGAGCAUAUUAUGAACAAAU